GUGACCCAGUAGCGCGAGCUUCCUGCUAUAUUGUGCUCUGUUCUCCAGCUUCCUGUACUCGUUUCCGAAGCAGCAUGAGGGAAAUGGCAAGAAUAGUAGCAGCAAACAAUCUGCUGAUGAGGAGCAUACAGAAUCAACCUUAAAAUCAUUGACUGUAUUGAAUUGGACAAGGAAAUCAGGUCGAAAAUUGAAUCUGCCCAUCAAUAUUUUUCCUGGAUAGAAUCAGCUGACACAGGAAGAUACCAUCAGUAACUAAUCUGAAAUGAAUGUUCACUUCCCCUUCACUCUCCACCUUGAGUUAUUCCUGGGCUGAUUAGAAUGUUAUUAUUCAAGAUUGCAGACAUUGGGACAUGGAAUGAUGGUCAAUGAUGGAUUCCAUCGCUCAGAUUCUGUGUCAUAAUAGCGCUUACCCAUAAGAGCCACAAUGCGUAUCAGUUUUUGCCAGGCUCUGUUAUCUGGAGCAAUCAUUUUGAACUUGCUCAUCCUAUAUUAUGUGUCCCGGGCCCAGCAGCAGAUGAUAGAGAAGCGUCGAGAACAAGGAAAUGGCUUAAAGAAAGCCUCUCUGCCUGUUUCAGGACUUGGAGCUAUGGGUAGUCUGUUAGGUAGAAAUAUGGUUGGCAGCAUUAAAGUUGGUGCCCUUGGGGUCAACUUACGUGGACCCCGGGUGACAAUCCUUGUUCGCGAGUUUGAAGACUUUGAGAACUAUGUUGUCAAUGUGGCAAAAUCCUUUUUGCGCCAGAGACCAGAGGUGCCCUUCCUUGCAGUGUCCGAUACUCCACCGUACCCUCCUCUGGAUCUUCCAGAGGGAGCUCGUCUCCUGGUGUUGUCCCCGAGCCCUGACCAGCCUCCACAAACUCACCGGCCUGAGUUCAACGUGCAGACAGAGUUUGCUUUGUUGGUUCCAGAUGGUAUGGAGCUGGACCAUGGCCGACAAGUGGAGCGGCUUAUCUUGGAGUUAGAAGGGGAGGGUGGCGGGCCAGUUCGGCUUGUUGCUGCCCCUGUGCUGGCCCGCUCAGCAGUGCAGUGCCUGCACCUGCGAGUUAAUCUUCGGGAAUGGAUGGCCACAUACACCCCUGCAGCCUCGGGGAGCAGUGGUAGUGUCUGCACAGCCCUGCAGGGUGAUGCUGUAGUUCUUAUCCGUACCGAGGACCUCUUCAAUCUCUCGGUUCCAUUAGGGCGCCCCAUGAUGUCUUCCUUGUUUGUACAGACAUCACUGCGUGGCUGGAAGGUCAAGCUGCUUGAAGGACCUUCGUUCUCAGCUAGUCAUCGCCCGCUGUUUAGCUCGGCACAUAACCAGUGGAAGGCAGACAGUCGUUUAAAAGUUGCCACCAAUCACCUAAUGCGCAGUUUUGGCAUAAAGCGCAUUGUGCUGCCUGAUGGCCGAGAUCAGUGGUUUGGAUGCAGCAAGGAGACGCCACGAUGCUUUGGAACAGUGCAUGAUGACACUCCUGAAUACCUUUAUCUAGAGCGCUGGACUCCACCUUGUUGCUUGCGUGCCCUUCGAGAGACCGCUAAAUAUGUUAUCAACAUCUUGGAGAGCUCUGGUGUGCGUUACUGGCUGGAAGGGGGUUCUUUGCUGGGAGCCGCCCGACAUCAAGACAUAAUUCCCUGGGAUUAUGAUGUGGAUUUGGGCAUCUACCUGGAAGAUAUUCCGAAUUGCGACUACCUUAAAAACCUGGACUCUGGAUCGCUUGUUGACGCUAAUGGCUACUUAUGGGAGCGAGCAGUAGAGGGCGAUUUCUACCGAGUUCAGUACAGUGAAGCUAACCAUCUGCAUGUGGAUUUGUGGCCCUUCUAUCCCCGAAAUAGAGUCAUGACCAGGGACACUUGGACCGAGCACAAGCAAGACGUGGAAUUCCCAGAGCACUUCUUGCAACCUCUGGUGCCAAUGCCAUUCGCCGGCAUCACUGCUUAUGGUCCUAACAACUACCGUGCCUUCUUGGAACUCAAGUUUGGGGAAGGGGUUAUUGAAAACCCUCAGUAUCCCAACCCUGCCAAGAAAAGGCUGGACAGAAGUCACACAUUAGGAUCGUAGCAAGCAGUAACGUUGAUGGUGUGCCACUAUCGCACUUUGUUGAAUUUCUUACUUCUGAAUUCUUUUAAACUUUGUAGAAAAUCACUACAAGAUAGAAUGUCUCAGACCAUAUCUGAACACCCGAAUGUCAGUAUUUCUUGCCAAUUGUAUAUAUUUGUGUGUGUUUGGUUUGGGUAAUCAUGACUAAAUAUACAGCAUGUGAACAGUCCAUGUAAUGUUUGACAUUGCAAUGUCUGAGGAGUGGCACAAUGACUUCAAAGAUCAAAUACACCUACUGUGUAUUAACAUCCACGUUUUCUAUAUACAUUUUAUUGAAAAGAAUUUUAGCAUUUAUUCAUCAUUGCAUCACUUCAAAAUAAAUGCUUGCAUUUAGAAAUCUGCAGUUGACGGUAGAACUCAAAGUACAUUUAUUCAGAGGACAAGUUGUGGAUUCAUGAUCGUAUGUGCUCAUGUGACUCAUUUAAUAAACAAACCUUGACAAACUCAUUGAAACAUGAACUUUAAAAGGACUCAACUGCUUUUCAGCUCCACUGGCAUGAUGGUCGUUAUUUUACCACCAUGACUUUGUAGAGAAUUGGCUUUUUUAUUUUAUUUUAUUCAUGUGUCGAGACAUUGGUGGAUUCUGAUAUCAAGUAAGGUCACUCUGACUUUCAUGUUUUGUUUUUUAGAUAAAAUAGUAAUAUGGUUCUGACUGGAUGGAAACUGUUACACAUGCUAUUAAAAAGAAGCUACUGUUAAGGCACGCAUUCACUUUACUGAUUGAUAUGUGCACAAGUAAUUUUGUGAGUUAUUUUGACUGAAUACUUUGUCCAAACAUUGGCUAGUAAAUAGUCUUUUCUACAGUUCUUUUUUUAUUUAAAUGUAAAGUAUGUUCCACCAUGAUAACCUCAUACAUUCAGUGUUUUAAGUGACCCAUAAUAAGUAUUUGUUUACAUUGAAGUGUUUUGUUUCAAUGGAAAUGUUGAUAAAGCUGUUUUUGUUGUUUAUUGUUGGGUUAAGUUACACAUAUAUUAUUACGUGUGUUUAAUGUAAUACAAGUGCAUACAUUAUAAAUUAAGCAUCUGAUUCGGUUCUUGAAAAAACUAACCACGUGACACAAACCAAAUAUCUUCUUCUUUACCACUUGCUAUGGUGUUUCUUAACAUGUGUCAGUCUCAAUUGUCUGUAAAUAAAC